GCAUUUGCAUUUGCAUUUGCAACGGCAGCUGCUGAUUCUGAUGCUGAUGCGCUUAUGUCAUCCGCAUUUGGUUCGCCGAUUCGACAAGCCUCCAAUGUGCCUUGGUGCCCGAGUUGUGAGUCUCUAUUCCAGUCGGUAAAAUGAUUCCAUCGCUGUGUUCUCCCGUGUCUUGGCUUGUGGUUCUGCUGCUCCUGAUGGAACUGGUGGAGGUGUGGUCCACCUGCUGCACCUGCCCAGCUGCUCGAUGCAACAUUCCCCAGUGGCCGUGCUGCAACAAGAACACCAAGUGGUAUGACUUUAUGUUUGGCUAAGAAAUGGGGCUAAUAAAGUGGAAGUGGAGGUGUUUACAAA